AUUUUUUUUAAAAAAAUGAAACUAUAUAAUUUUUCAAAAAAAUAAUUAUAGCUAAAUUAGCUGUUUGAUGUUGUACGUGUACCCCAUGAUUAGAUAGGUAACAAGCUGGCAAACAAGUCAUAGACAUCUGUUCCUUUGCACCCCACCCCUACUCCCAUCCCACCCCCACGUCUACAAACUAUAUAUAUAUAUAUAUAUAGAUAAAGAUAUACAUAUAUAUCCUCCAGUUGUCAAAAGUCUCUUUCAUUAAUCUCCAUUUCUGAAUAGUCUUGUUAUUUUUGUGUUCUUGGGCGCUGACCUGAAAAUCAAGAAAAUGGCGGAGGAGAUCAAGAAGACAGCUAGUGAGACUAAGCCGGAGACAACUGUUGUUGUCGUGUCUGAUGUACCUGAUUCUGAAAAAGAAUCGACCUCUCAAACUGAACCGGCAUCAGUUGUUGUGUCUGAUGUACCUGAGGCGGAAAAGGAAUUGACCCCUCAGACUGAACAGGCAUCGGAAACUGAUAAGGGGAAAUCAACUCCAGUUAUUGAAUCAGCUUCAUCGUUUAAGGAAGAGAGCAACAAAGUUGAAGAAUUACCAAAUCCUGAACAGAAGGCUUUAGCUGAGUUGAAGGAAUUGGUUCGAGAUGCUCUGAACAAACAUGAAUUCACUGCACCUGUGGUCGAAGAGAAGAAAGAAACUGCACUUGUGGUGGAAGAGAAGAAAGAAGCUGAACCUGUGGUGGAGGAGAAGAAAGAAACUGUACCUGUGGUGGAAUCGAAGAAAGAAGCUGAACCUGUGGUGGAGGAGAAGAAAGAAACUGUACCUGUGGUGGAAUCGAAGAAAGAAGCUGAACCUGUUGAGAAGAAAGAAGCUGUACCUGUGGUGGAAGUGAAGAAAGAAGCUGAACCUGUGGUGGAAGAGAAGAAAGAAGCUGAACCUGUGGUGGAAGAGAAGAAAGAAGCUGAACCUGUGGUGGAAGAGAAGAAAGAAGCUGCACCUGUGGUGGAAGAGAAGAAAGAAGGUGAACCUGCAGCUCCGGCGGAGAAAGUGACCGAGAAGGUAGCAGCGAAGGAGGAGGAUAGUGCUAAGACGGUGGAAGAAAUCAAGGAGACGAUUGUUGAAGUGACUGGUACUGCAUCAUCGGCCCAGGUGGUGGAGGAGAAACAAACGGAGGAAGAUGUUCAGCCACCAGCACCAGCACCAGAAGAAGUUUCGAUAUGGGGAAUUCCGUUAUUAGCUGAUGAGAGAAGUGAUGUAAUCCUUCUCAAGUUCCUCAGAGCGAGAGAUUUUAAGGUGAAGGAUGCAUUCGCCAUGCUGAAGAGUGUUGUGUCAUGGCGUAAAGAGUUCAACAUUGAUCAACUUUUGGAAGAAGAUCUAUCAGGACUAGGAUUAGAGAAAGUGGUGUACAAUCAUGGCGUGGAUAAAGAAGGACAUCCUGUGUGUUACAAUGCAUUCGGGGCAUUUCAGGACAACGAAUUGUACCAGAAUACUUUUGCUGACAAGGAAAAGAUGAACAAGUUCCUUCGAUGGCGUAUUCAGUUCAUGGAGAAAUCUAUAAGGAAUCUUGAUUUUAGCCCUGAUGGCAUAUGCACUUUCGUUCAGGUUAUCGAUCUCAAGAAUUCACCUGGACUAUUCCUUUUCAAGAAAGAGCUUCGUCAGGCCACCAACCGUGCCCUUCAGUUACUCCAGGACAACUACCCUGAAUUUGUUGCUAAGCAGGUGUUCAUCAAUGUGCCAUGGUGGUAUCCAGCUUACUACAGGAUGAUCAAUGUACUUUUCACUACCAGGACCAAGAGCAAGUUUGUGUUUGCUGGCGCGUCAAGAUCUGCCGAGACUCUCUUCAGAUACAUUGUCCCUGAGCAAGUACCAGUUCAAUAUGGUGGACUUAGCAGAGAGGGAGAACACGAAUUCACCAUUGCUGACCCUGCCACUGAGGAUACCAUUAAGCCUGCUUCCAAACACACCAUUGAAUUUCCAGUUACUGAGAAGACGAAUUUGGCGUGGGAAGCUAGAGUGAUCGGGUGGGACGUGUCAUAUGGAGCAGAAUUUGUGCCUAGUGCCGAAGGUGGAUACACAAUUAUCGUAGAGAAAUCAAGAAAGGUUACAGCAGCAAGCGAAACAGUGAUCACCAACAACUAUAUCGCAACAGAACCUGGCAAGGUGGUGCUUACAUUUGACAACCAAACAUCUAAGAGGAAGAAACUUGUCUAUAGAACCAAGACCAAGCCUUCUGAUUAAGAUAAACAAUGCUGGUGAGGGCUUUCAAAGAUCAAAUCACAUAGGAGGGUUCUUUUGUUCUUUUGAUAUUAAAUUUAAUCUUGAGUGUGGGAUAUUUAUUUGAUAUAUUUGUGGGCAUUUUUUUGUUGGUUUUGGAUUGUGUUCUGCUCUAUAUAUAUAUGGGGAAAAUGUAUACAGAUUGUGGUUGUAAUAUGUUGGUUGGAAUGUGGACAGAUAUACUUUGGUUGCUAGCUGUACAUACAUUCCUGUAAAAUUUUGUAUAAAUCUGGUGUUGUUGUA